AUGGACGGUUACGUGCGCACCGGUUCGAUGAAGGGCGACAAGGGGUACAACGAGGACGACGUGUACGGCGACAAGGACGCGGACAGCUACGGGUUCGGCACACAGGUGUCGUACGGCAGCAAGGCGGGCGACGGCGGCAACGGCGCGUACCACGAGUCGACGGCGUACGACGACAACGGCCGGUCCAACCCCAAGUACUCGGCGUGGCACUUCGAGGAGAAGGACGGCAAGCCGACCAAGCGGUACGUGUACGACUCGCUGAACAACGGCAAGAAGAAGAAGUACGACCCGCUGGCCGUCGAGGCCGAGGCGUCCGAGUACGACAGCGUCGAGGCGUACGACGACGGCGACGACGGCACGCACGCCGGUUACGAGGUCGACGACGGCGAACCCGAGUACGGUAACCUGUACGACUCGGGCGACGUGUACAACGACGCCGACACUUACUACUGA